AUGGGCAUUUUUCGAUCCAUUUUUGGCCUUGGCUUCGUGGCCUUGACGGCCUAUUUGGUUCCUAUCAUCCUCCAUGUUGUGAAAAUCGGCGGUAUACUCAAAACCCCAGCCCCAACAGUUUUAGGUGAAGGUCAAGGACCUAUUCGUAUUGAGGAUACUAUCCAUUGCGAAGAUGUACAUCACUACCGCCCGGCCAAUCUGUUGUUUACUGCCUGCGAAGACAACAAAUAUACCCGCCUGGAUUGGUUUCCCGGUCUGGGCCAUCUAACACCUCAUUCACCAGCUCGUGGAUCUAUUCAUGUCGUCGAUCCAAAGACAUUCAAGUCCAAAAGAUUGGCUUUUACAAACUUCAACGGUUCAUUCGUCACCCAUGGAAUCGAUGUCAUUAAAGACCCCGCCCAGGAGGACGCUGUAUACAUCUUUGCAAUCAACCACUUGCCUAACCCGGAAUACAAUUUUGAUGCAAAUGAACCAUCGGAGGAUAUUCACAAAGCACGUUCGCAAGUGGAGCUGUUCCGCCAUGUCUUGCAGUCCGAUACCAUCCAGCAUGUCCGUUCUAUCCUCCACCCACUAGUGAAAACACCCAAUGAUCUCUACGCUGUCAGCCCGCACUCCUUCUUUGUCACCAAUGACCAUUUCUACCGCGAAGGCACUAUGCGUAUGGUUGAGGAUUUCUAUCUGGGUGCUAAAUGGUCUUCCAUUAUUCAUCUCCAGCUGACAGAUCUGAAAACGACCGAUGCGACGGCUGGAAUUGAGGCCGGAGUUGCCCAUUCUGGUCUCUGGAACAAUAAUGGUCUUGGGCAUGGUCGCAGCAAGGAUGAGGUCAUCAUCGCUAGUGCUUCGGGCGGUGAGGUCUACUUGGCUGACAGGCACGCGACCAACAACACACUUUCCGUACAAACUACCAUCUCUUUUGAUACGGUGACUGAUAAUCCGAGCUAUUAUGCUGAUCCGUAUCGUACUGACGCCGACGAUGCGAGUGGAUUUGUGGUCGCGGGUAUCUCGCAGCCUUAUAAGCUGGCCAAGUCUGCGAAGGACCCGAAUGGUCUUGAUCCGGUGCAGGUUUGGUAUGCUCGACCGGGGGCUGGUUCGAAGACUUGGGAGAAGAAAUUGCUCUUUGAGGAUGAUGGGUCACUGAUUCGUACGGCUAGUGCGGCUGUUUUGGUCCCUGUUGAGCCUAAGGAUGGGAAGAAAAUGGCUUGGUUGUUUGUGACUGGGUUUAUGUCAGAGGCUAUGGUGGCUGCUCAGGUUGAGCUGUAG